CCACAAUUCUGCUUCUUCUGGGUGCUGCAACCUCUGAGGCCCUGCGCUUGCCUCUUUGGGAUAAUUGUAUAGGUUUUUUGGUGUUGCGCUCCUUCUGUUGACGCUAUCCCCUCGCCGCAGCCAAUUAGGCAACGAUAUGUCCGCGACCUCUUCUUACGGUCUAGGCGCUGAUUCGGCAAGCUCCAAUACUGCCUGUCUGAAGGUACACAAAUCUUCGAUGUACGGUGGCAUCUACAAGCAGGACGAUGUUGUUGGACAAUAUCUCGCCCCGAGAGCAGCCCAAAGAGCAAUCACAGAUGACCUCCAGGCCUCAAGAUCGAAUUAUGUCAAUGGCUACGCGGGGUAUACUUUCCAAGGCCACCAAACUGGACUGUUCCGCGAUUCAUACACCUAUGGGAACACUGGAUUCAAUCGAUAUUAUCCCGAUUCGGAAAACAUUCGCCGUCUCCAUACUUUACACAGCUUACUACCACACAUCCAGCCCGAACGAAAGCUCAACGCUUUCAACGGCCUCGAACUUGACAUCGUCGAAGGCCACACCGGCAACAUCUUCUGCCGCGCCGUCCCAAAGAAGAUGCUCAUCCUAUUCCUAGGCCGGGAGAUCGUCAGCAUAUUCCUCAACACCAUUCAAAGCCCCGACAACUCAACCUGGACAGGUCCACACACUCAACAAAAUCUAGUCCUCCCCAACGGUGUUGUCAGCGCAGCCGCGAUCACGAUCCUAGUAUCCUGGGUGACACGCGCCUGCAAGUUCGCCACAAUGCAUACAAUGAUGUUGCGGCGUGGGCCGCUGUAG